AUGAACAAUCAGAUUCGUCUCUAUCAAACAAUGAUGCAAUACCUCCUGCUAUACCUCGCACUUGUCACCGGCUCGUCUGCUAUUCUUUUUGGCGGCGGUGGAGGUGGAUGUGGAUGCGCACCGCCUCCACCACCCUGUUGUCCUCCUCCCCUCCAACUUCCGUCGCUUUCUUUACCUCAGCCGUGCUGUCCACCACCAUGUCCUGCUCCGGCAUGUGGUGGCGGUGGAGCAGCUCCUCCUCCACCAUCAUACGCUACUGCACCUGGUAACGCUUAUGCCGUUCCAGGAAAGUGA